AUGGCGAAGGUCGGGGAGCAGCAGCCGGCGCUGGACUUGCGCGAGAAGAUGGCGAGCGCGGUGGCCGGACUCAUCGUCUUGGAACGACACCCACAAAAUAUACGGCGAAUUAGAUCAACAAUAGUAUCCAGGAACCUCCUCCUCUCGGUCUCCAUUCUUCUGUCCAUUCUCCCCGCAGCAGCCAGCGCGGGGAUGUACUGUAAGCCGGGCAUGGCGAUCGGGCGAUCCCGCACCACAAACCGCUCGGGGGCUGACUGCCUCCAAUGCAUGCACUGUAGCAGGCGUUGGUUCGCGCUCCAGCGCGGGGAUCAUGUGGAGUUGAGCGGCGCAUUCGAGGGACGCCUCCUAGAGGACUUCCCUGGCUGCCCGAGGGAGAUGCAGAGGGGGCUCGCCGCCAUGCUCAUCAACCCAGGAGAGUGCAACCUCAAGACCAUCCAUGGCGGACCGUGCUGCCUCGAGCUCACCAGAACACACCAACUUAUUAUUCAAAGAACAGAUUUUAUCUGGAUGAAGCUAUAGUCCUGGUGCCUCUCAAUCCUAUCGCCUGAUUUGAUUGGUUGCCAAAUGAGUACUUGUCAAAAUGUGCUGGUAAAGCCAUAGCUUGGUGUGGUACUGGUAGCCGCGGAGAAGAACACUAUUCAGUGCGUUUUAUAUACCAUUAUUUUGGCCUGUUGGUUGGAGAUAUUGAUGUUCUGUCUUUAAUAUAUUCAAGCUAUCUGUAUUUAACGUA